GCCCCAAUCCAUGCAUGCUAUCCUCUCUUUUGCAUUUACUCUCAUGCUUUCUUCCAUUCUCUCUCUCCCUCUUCCCUUACUUUAACUCAUCUCUCUCACUCUCUCUCUCUCUCUCUGCGUGUUCUUGUUUUCUUUUGGCGGAGAAUAAAGAAAGUUGGGGGUAAGAUCGAGGAAAAUUUGCACAAGAAUGUUUAGGUUGAUCACAGGAAGAGCAGGCCCGAGUGGUUUUGGAUCAGCUUCUACUGCUGAGCAGGUUACUCAAGGGAUUGAUGCCACCAAUUUGACUGCCAUUAUUACAGGUGGAGCAAGUGGGAUUGGCUUGGAGACAGCGAGAGUUUUAGCACUGAGAAACGCGCAUGUUAUUAUUGCAGCAAGAAACAUGGAAACUGCAAACGAUGCAAAGCAGCUGAUUCUCAAGGACAACCACAACGCUCGUGUUGAUGUCCUUAAGCUCAACCUUGCUUCGCUCAAAUCAGUCAAGGCCUUUGCCGAUAACUUCAUUGCCCUCAAUCUUCCUCUCAAUAUCUUAAUAAACAAUGCUGGUAUAAUGUUUUGUCCUUAUGAGCUCUCCGAGGAUGGGAUUGAGAUGCAGUUUGCUACAAAUCAUCUCGGUCACUUCUACUUGACUAACCUACUCCUUGAAAAGAUGAAAGAUACGGCAAACUCCACCGGCAUUGAGGGCAGAAUAAUAAAUUUGUCAUCAGUAGCACACCUCCACACUUAUGAAGAAGGGAUCCGAUUUGAGCAUAUCAAUGAUAAUAGCAGUUAUGAUGACAAGAAGGCUUAUGGACAAUCCAAAUUAGCUAACAUUUUGCAUGCCAAUGAGCUCUCCAGGCAGUUGCAGGCUGAGGGAAUAAAUAUUACUGUGAACUCGGUGCAUCCAGGACUGAUAAUGACAAAUCUCUUUAAGUACUCUGGUUUUCUGAUGCGAAUUUUAAAGAUCUGCACAUUUAUCCUAUGGAAGAAUGUCCACCAGGGUGCGGCCACAACGUGCUACAUUGCCCUUCACCCGGGCUUGAAAGGUGUAUCGGGGAAGUAUUUCGUGGACUGCAACAAGUUCAAACCCAGCAGAGUUGCAAGAAGUGAGGUUUUAGCCAAGAGGCUCUGGGAUUUCAGCUGCAAGUUAGUUGAUGAAGCUGAAAAAGCUUAAAUUUCUUGCUUUGCCUACAGAAAGUUUUUCAAUUACUUAUUAUAUGUGUGUGUGUAUGAGGAACCUAUAGCAGAAAGACAGGGUAGCCUAGUUUUGCUUUUCCCAGAAAUUAAGGUAGUUGGUAUAACAGGCUAUUUGUAAUCUCAAACAUUUCUCUGGGGGUAUGUCCAAACUUAGGGGGCUGCUCAUCUUUCAUGGCCUCAAUCCUCUUGAAUGCUUAAGUAACUACAGCUUAUAUUCUCGUUGUUCUUAAUCUAUGUUGGCUAAAGAUUGAUACUGUACUAAUGCAAUCAUUUCCAACUACCUACUGACCAUCACAUAAUGUGCUUUUGCAAUUCCCAUUUUCUACAUAGCUCAUGCAAACAAGAAGCGCUGCUCAAAAAUGAUGAGCUGUUCCUUACAGAUAAUGAACAACCAAAAUGUGUAGCAACAGGCGUGUCAACUACAAGAAAUCUCGUUUUCGAGUGCUUGGAUUGGAUGGACUAUCAAAUUUAAAAUGAAAUCAAUGUUGAUUGAAAAGAAAAACGCUAUGCAUAACCUGCUAAAAGCAUUUCUAUCAGAGCUGUUGUUUGUCGUCAGCCCCCCACAAGCCCAAAGCUUUGAUCGCACAGGCUGAAGCGGCUGCAAUGAUGGUGGCGGAGCCCGCUUCACAGGAACAUUGAGAUGAUGUAGAAGUCGGGCUGAUGGGUGAAGUAAAGCCGGGGAAAAUGAGGCCCCCUCCAAUGUUGUCCAAGUGGCAGGGUCCAACUCGGAUGAAAGAGACAUUGAAGCAAUGUACGCAAGAAUCUGGAAAUCAUUCCUCAAACAGAAAAACUUCCUGUUUGCCAAGAAUCUCAGGUAAUAUUUGAAGUCAGUUGAGGUGGAGAAGAAAAAAUCAAGAGAGGAGUGUUCAGAAAACCUGUUUUCCAUGGAGGAGGCAGAUGUAUAAUUUUGAGUAAAUAUACUAUUUCUGUCUAGAAAUGAAACAUUUCUCGAGUCACAAUUUUACAAUGGAGGAUAGUCUGAUGAUAAUCUGUUCCCAGUGAAUUCGGAGCAGAAUAAAUUGAUUAAUUGAUAGAACUAACUAAUGUUGAGGAAUAUAUUAUGAUGGUAACGGCAUAGGAUUUCAAGGGCACCUGCAACCCAGUGACCCUGUUGGUUUUCAUAUCAGACCACAGAAAAAGAGGUCAAGCAGAAAAUCGAGUUGUGUCUCCAACAUUAUUUAUACUCAGAUGAAUGGCAUUCUUAUAAUCCUAUAUGUAGGCAUAUACCAGAGCCAGCAGAAUGGAAACAAUGUGAACGAAAGAACACUCUGUACUUCUCUUUCAUUUAUAUUAACAAACUGCUCAAAUGAUAACCAGAAAGCGAGAACGUCUGUUUGCGCUCCAAAUUAGGACCAGGGAUCAAAAGUAUCCAUUUAAAUAACAACGCAGUCUGGGAGUCUGAACCCCUCCCGGAUUGUUGCAUAUUAGCUUGUAGAUAUCAAUCUACAACUGAAACACCAAACGAAUAAUAUCUAAAGUAAAGACAACAUCAUACAC